AUUGACAUUUCGUAGAGCGCAUUUGAAGAUUUGUUGCGACUUGCGGCGUACUAAAAAAUACAUAAAAAAAAUAGAAAAAUGUUUCGCUUAUCAAAAAGCGUUAUAACAUUACUCUCAAAAACUACAAAAAUAUCUGCACCGCAAGACACUGGGAUUUUACUGUGUACACACCACGGAGCCCUAAAGUUUCUCAGUACAGAUAUUAACGAUAAAUUUUCCCUGAAACAUGAAGAGGUUGGCCGGCCCCUUUACUUCGACGCUCAAGCAACAACACCUGUCGACCCUCGAGUACUUGACGUGAUGAUGCCUUACUUUGUAGGACAGCAUGGCAAUCCACAUUCUAGGACUCACGCGUACGGUUGGGAGAGUGAAGCAGCCGUGGAAAAAGCUAGAGAACAAAUAGCAAAUCUAAUCAGAGCUGAUCCCAAGGAAAUUAUAUUUACCUCAGGAGCAACAGAGUCUAAUAAUAUAUCUGUAAAAGGAGUUGCUAGGUUUUAUGCGCCCAGGAAAAAGCAUAUUGUUACUACUCAAAUUGAACAUAAAUGUGUACUGGACUCAUGCAGAGCACUAGAAGGAGAGGGCUUCAAGAUUACAUAUCUGCCGGUGGGAGCCAAUGGCAUUAUUGACCUAAAAGAAUUGGAAGCUGCACUCACACCUGAAACUAGUCUUGUUUCAAUAAUGACUGUCAACAAUGAAAUAGGUGUAAAACAGCCUAUAGCUGACAUUGGAGCGCUCUGCAAAAGCAAAAAGAUAUUCUUCCACACAGACGCAGCACAGGCUGUGGGCAAGGUCCCUCUGGAUGUUAACAAGAUGAACAUUGAUUUAAUGUCAAUUUCCGGCCACAAAAUAUACGGACCCAAAGGUGUAGGGGCGCUGUACAUUCGGCGUAGGCCGCGAGUACGAGUAGAGCCUAUACAGAGUGGAGGGGGGCAAGAAAGAGGAAUGAGGAGUGGCACAGUACCUACACCUCUUGUUGUUGGAUUAGGCGCCGCUUGUGAACUGGCCGAGCGUGAGAUGGCAUAUGACCACGCCUGGAUGGAAACACUCUCACAAAGAUUCCUGGACAAGAUUUACUCAAAACUCUCACAUGUCAUCAGAAAUGGGGACCCAGAACAAUCUUAUCAUGGAUGUAUCAAUUUGUCAUUUGCUUAUGUUGAAGGCGAAUCUUUGUUGAUGGCUCUAAAAGACGUGGCACUGUCAAGUGGCUCGGCGUGCACAUCAGCUUCUUUAGAACCUUCUUAUGUGUUGAGAGCUAUUGGAACAGACGAAGAUUUAGCACACAGUUCAAUCAGAUUCGGAUUAGGAAGAUUCACAACGAUCGCCGAAGUAGACUACACGGCAGAGAAGACGAUUAGGCACGUGGAGCGGCUCCGAGAGAUGAGCCCGCUCUGGGAGAUGGUGCAAGAGGGAGUGGACAUCAAAAACAUACAGUGGUCGCAGCACUAAUUGUACCGGUCG